GAGUUCAAUCGCUCUUUCGUCUCUGAACACGGGCCAAGGAGGGAAAAUCAAAGUAUGCAGCAUCAUGUAUGAGACUUCAUAAUGUUUUCAUCCAAGAUAUUGCACGAGAUAGAGUUUACGUAUUUUGGAGUAAACAUUUGCGUUCUUAAAUUAAUGCAGGUAACAUCGUUCUAGCAGUCUGCAUUAUUAUGGAAGAUGAAGAUGGUGAGAGUAAAAUUAUGGACAUGUGGAGCAUUUUGGGAGAUCAACAACUCAAAGAUCCAACAUUUGGCAAUACUCUAAAACAUUCUGUUGAUAACGUGUAUAUUGAUACGAUCGAAGAAGAGAAGCGAAUAAAUAGAUAUAAUUCAACUCCUAAAGAUUCACCAAGUAGAAAUACCGGUACUGGAUCGAAAAUUGUAUUCAAAGGUUUUAAGAAACGUAUCUUAGCUCAAGCUCAGGAGACACAAUCGGUUGCGUCUAAAAACCUUUCUCAAGACCAAGCAUCCCAUCCUAAUGUAUCGCCAAAAAUCAAUAAAGAAAAAAGAACAGAAAAUAAAAGGGGGAAGAUAACAGAGUAUGCUCAAUAUUUGGGACUUCAACCUUCUUCAAAGUUAAAGUGUUCUAAGUGUCAUUCUUCUACAAAUUUUACUUCCAUGAAUUUAAAGCAAAGUCAGUGCGCGUGUAAUACUGCCAUGGCACCGAUGCAAGGAUUACCGAGCACGUCUGAAACAUCCUCUCAAUCGCACGCUGCUAACUUUAAAAUCACAAGGAAAGUAUAUUUGUGUGCAGCUUGUGGCACUUAUUUUGAAAAUUGGAAUUUGUUUUUACAUAUGAGGGAUAUACAUAAACGCCAUAUAUGUCUGUUUUGUCUAGGAAUGUUUGGACAAGCAGAAAGAUUAUCUUAUCAUUUAUCUAAGAAACAUAGCGUACCAGAAAUGGGAUUUAACUCUGUUGAAGACUUUUAUAGUGCUUUCAAAGGAUCAUGUUAUUUGGUUUGUUGCACUUGCGAGAAGAUGUUCUCUGAAACAGAUAAUUUCUAUAACCAUUUUUGUUCUCCCCCGACUAAACAGGAAACUGCUACAACUGUAUGCUCUUUAUGUCAAACAGGCUCACACGCAAAUACUUGUGCUCUAGCAGUUGAAUCUAAUAAAGAAGCAAAUCCUGUGGUACCUGUUACGACGACUGUACAAACAGGAACGGUAUCAACAUUUGUCAUUGAGAAACCAGCAAAUAUUAAUAACAAAGGAACAUCAAGAAAAGUAAUUAAAAAUAAUAGGAAUAAAUAUGGGGAGGAUAGUAUAUCUAAUUCUUGUCAACAACAUGCGAAAAAGGUUAAUGCAAAAGCAAUUACUUCACAAUCUAAUGAAAAUCAACUUUUCUCAGAUACAGUAAUUAGAGAUGGAAAUGUACAAGAUGAGAUUAAUGUAACCAGGGAUACGGUAUCAGAAACAAUAAUGGAAGUAUCUAAAUGUAUCGACGAUUCCUGCGCCAAUGAAGUAGAACAAAAAGAAGAUCAUAUAUCUUCCAUGGCGAAAGCAUCUCCAGAGAAUUCUUUAAUUCAAAAUAAUAAUGAAAUUGAACCCUAUGAUAGUGUGACUCAAACUAUUAUGGAGGUUUCACGUUGUACAAAUGAUACUGAAGAGGACGAAGAUAUACCAAAAGAAAAUGCAAAUCAAUCUGAUGCAAUGAUAUUAUUUGAUACAGAUAUAACUAGUAAUGCAGAAUCACAGACUGAAAAUAAAUGUAAUAAAAUGGAUAGCAUUCCUUUAGAAGCUACAACAAAUGAAGAAUUACACGAAAUUAAUUCUGAGCAUGAAAUGAUGAAUGAUACGGAUGUAGCGGAGAAAGACGAAAAGGCAGAAAUAUCUAAGAUAAAGUUCGACUUAGAGUCUCACUCAUCGUCGAGUCCUGUUCAUAGUCCAAUUAGUCGAUCGUUAUUUAGUCCUCAACAUGAAUCACAGCAAGAUCUCCAACCAAAGGAAGAGUAUCCUGACGAUGGUAGCAAACAUGUGGAGGCUGCGCCGCCUACAGAAUCUCAAACGUCAGUUUCGUUUAAUACUGCCCCUACGUCUGACAGAAGUUUAGUAAUUAAAAUUUGUACAAAUAAGAAUUCGCAAUUUUCUGUGAGUUCGACGGGAAAUGCAGAAACUCAUAAUAUUAGUAGAGAUUCCGAAGAGAAUAACAAUGCAGAAGAGUCAACAUCAGAGGAGAAGAAGCUUUUAAUUCUUACACAGAAGGAUAAAGAUAGUAUAGAAAGUAAUCAAAUAAACGAAGUCGAUAGCGAUUCCGAUAGCUACAAAUUAGCUGUAGUAGAUAGUAAUGCAGAAGAUGAUAUUAAGGAAUCGGAUCAGCCUGAGGAUACAGCGGAGGCUAAAGCAAGCAUGGAAACGACAGAAAAUACAAAUGUUCGCGAAGAAAAAGAGGAAUUCGGAAUAGGUGAGAACGCGAACGGAGAAUUUAGCACAACGGAACCAUAUAAUGAUGUGAAAAAAGAUGCCAUAAAUUGUGCUCCAGAAUUAGCAUCCCAGCCGAGCGACGGAAUAGUCUUAGCUGGGGAAGAUGUCCCACCUAUAGAUCUUAAUGUGGAAGGUACAUUAGAUAGUACAGAGAUAGAAGACUUAUUGAAAAAAUGUAUAGAAGCAGCUAGUCCGUUUUGUGUCUACUGCAAUCACGCACGCCAUAUAGCUGUAAAUGGAAAACAAUUAGGAUUACAUAUGCUUGCUGAACAUAAAUUUCAUCCGCAGCAUCCGGCUAUAAUCAUACAACCGGAACAAUUUACAGUAAGAGUAAAAAAGUCUCUGGAGGAGCUGGAAACGAAUUACUUCAAUCUCGAUACGUACAGCAGCACAAAUGGUACCUAUAAUAUUCAAACUGUUAGGACAUAUGAAUGUUUUCACUGUAGAUAUAACUCUGCGGUACAUAAAGAACUAUAUACUCACCAUCGAAAAAUGCAUCAAAAGACAAUUUUAAUUUGUAUAAUGUGUAAAUCGACGUUUUAUAGUUACAGUGAAUUGUUAUGUCAUUUAUGUCCAGGCGUAUAUUCACCGAAUAUAAAUGUCAAGUAUAGAUGUUGUCUUUGUUCUAUUAGUAGUCUUCCAUCGGCAUUCAGAUUAAUGGUACAUUUAAGAAAGAGUCAUCAUGCUUGCGACGUGUGUUUGGAGACUACUGGAAAUCAACAACGAUUGUCGAAUCACGUAUGGAAACACAAACUUCAUCACUUGUGUUAUCGAUGUGGCAUUGCGUACAGGAACAAGCCCGAUAUUACGAAACACCUUUUCUGGAAGCACGGGACUGAAAGCGUUCUAUGCAAAAAAUGUUUACAAAAGAAAUGGCCACAUAUUUAUCAUUUCUGUAUCCCACCUACGGCUUUCGUUUGCGAGGAGUGUGGUUCCAGUUUUAGUCGCGCCGUAGCAUUGAAAGUUCAUAAGAGAUUACAUUCGGGAGAUCAACCGUACACUUGUAGCGAAUGCUCCGAACGUUUCAUCUCGCAAAGGCUCCUAACUAAACACGAAGAAAGUCAUAAAGAGCCACCACCCGUAGACGUUUGCACGGUAGAUGCGACGAACAAUCAGUUCUCGGUUGACGAUGAAAAGUCCGACAAAGACAAAACAACUAUCGUGGAUAUAGCGUUGAGCACCUCGGAAGGUACAAAAGAUGUUAAGGAGAUAGUAAAGAAAGUGGUAGACGUUUAUGAUUUACCGCCGCUCAAUUUAUCCUCCGACAGCGAGAGCGACACGGAAGAAACGAAGGACGAUAUCAAGAAGAAUGAGGAAAGCGCGGAGAAAAAUGAGGUCACCGAUGAGCAGAACGCGGAGGAAACGGUGUCACUUUUAAUAUCCGCUAAAGCAGCAUCGCCGUUACAAGCCAACGAUAACAUAGCAGAUGAAGAGGAAAACGAAGAGGAAAAGAAACAAGAAGCGAAGAUAAUGGAUGGCAUUUGGGAUAAUUUUAAAUCGUACACGGCGAGCUUGGAGAUGCAAGAGUCGGUCAAUCUUUCCAACAAAGAACCCGAACCAGAAAUAGACGUUGCGUUUUUGAGGAGCAUAGUUUUGGCUGAUCACGAUUAUUGCGUCGUAUGGUCGGAGAAAGACAAAAAUGUCGAAGGUGAAGCUAAGGAGGAUGAGAAAGGAACAGGUAACGUCGAUUUCUCUGAUUACACCAACAAGCUGCAAAGAAGUCCAUCCGCUGGUAGUCUAGCACAAAAUACUGGCUGUGAGAGCGAUGUAAAUAAGAAGAAAGGGAAGAGUCCUAAGAAGAAGAAACAAAGUGGUAGUACAUCUUCGAGCGAUUCUUCUAGCGAAAGCGAUUCGAGCAGCUGUUCCUGCGGUACCAAUUGUAGUUGUAGUAGCUCAUCUUCCGGUAGUUCCUCGAGUUCCAGUAGUAGCUCCGACUCCGAUAGUUCUGCAUCGGAAAGUUCUCCCCGUAAAUCGUCCAAUCGUAAGGAACGUAAGAAGGAAAAAGAAGUCGAUCAGAAGAAUCAAGCUGGUUCCGUAGAAAAUGAAAAUAAGGAAACACCCAUCGAAGUGGACAACGUAACCGACGUACCCAUCGAACCAAUUGCUGCUCCCAAACCAUUGUUAAGAGAAUCGGAUUUAGAAACGGACGAGACCGUAACGGAUGAGGACUUUUACGACGAGCAUCCGCAGCAACUCGCUAAUAAAUUGUUGGCAGAAAAGAGAAAUCAGCUGUUGCUGCUUGCAGCGGUCGCACCAGCUUCGACGGAAUCGGGAAUUCCUUUGAACAACGGUAUAACGGACGAAAGUUGCGUCACCCCAUCGCCCAAUCCAACACCCAGCGUCGAGGAUCAACCACAGCAACAGAAAAAGAAAGUAAAAACGAAAAAACGUAAACGGGGCGAGAGGGGUAAGCAACGCGUCGUUACCCCGAUGGUGGAAUCAUUGAAGCUUAACAUUCCUAAAGCGUAUUACCAGAAGAAUUCGAGCUUUUCCGUCUCCUCGGCAGCCUUGAUCGGUCAUCAUCAGCAUCAUCAGUUUGGUAGGUCGUCAACGCCGAAUCUUAUCACGAACGAUAUUCAAACGGCGGUAACGGCGGUCGAAUCUCAUCCUCAUACGAAUCAGAAUAUCGGUGGUAGCGGUUCCGAGACGGAAAACAAAAGAUCGUCGAAGAGGAAACGUAUACCAAAGCGUUUUUAUGGCGAUUCCAGCGACGAGGAGACGGAAAAGCAGCCGACGAUGAAAUGGAGGAAGGUCGUCGAGGCACCGUCUUUCGUACCUGCAACGAAUCCGAAGCCUUUACCGCAACGAUUAUCUUUUGGUGGAAAGACUGUGGCUUACAGGUCGAACGUCGUGGAGACUCAUACCGAAUCGCUUUUGAACGUGACGGCGACAUCCGCGACGGAGUCCGAGGGACCGGCAGAUAGUAGUAGCGAAUCCAGUGGUUCCGACGUCGAAAUGACGAUUCAACAGCAAUCGCAGAGCCACGUUUCGGAGAGCAAUCCACCGAUUACGGAACGUCCAGUUAAUCUCUACUGUUACUGUCAAUGUCCCUACGACGAGGUAUCCGAAAUGAUCGCUUGCGACGGCGAGGACUGUCGCAUCGAGUGGUUUCAUUUCGAGUGUGUCGGCAUUAUGGUGCCACCUAAGGGCAAGUGGUAUUGUCCAGACUGUAGGAAAAAACAUGGUAUCGUGCAAAAUAGCGAAGACUAUUUCGAUUGAUAACGAUAGACGGUGCCUGCUUCGAUCUUCUAAGGAUAGCAUGGAUAUUGUGAGUGACCGUUUUAAAUCUUAAUACCAAGCUCACUUAAAAUUAAGUUUAGACGUACUCAUAGCGUUUACCUUUCUUUCUUCUUGGUAAAAAAAAAAAGAAAAAAAAAAUGAUAUACGCUGUUCCAUGUUGAUAUUUUUCUUAAGCCAAUAACAAGAAUGUUUGUAUAUAAUUGUAAAUAUGCCCUAGAGUUUAUAACAAUGAAAUAAGGUUUUUUGUGUACAUUUGUUUGUACUUCUUUUAACGAUGAAAUGCCGUGUAUAGACUUCGAUUUAGGUGAUAGGCGGUGUGUAGCAUCGGUUUUUAGGACUGUAGACUGCAUCGCGCCAGGGAUGCGAAAUUUCUUGAAUGUGAAGAGAGAGCGCGCGCGCGAGAGUGGGGAGGGCUGUGUUUUAUGAAUUCAAUUUACAGUUGCGCCCGAUCCGACAGUCGGCACUGCUGGCGGUGUCCAUGCCUCCAUUGUACGAACAAUCGUUUAACCAUGUGCUUGACUAUUGGUUUUUGAUGAAACGUUGAACCUCGGUUGUGAAGUCGGGAUAUUGAUACGAAUCACGGUCCAUUUUAUAGCUGGAAUAGCUUCAAUUUUAUAAUUUAAUGUGUUAAGUUUCUUUGAUGUUAUUUACUUAACGCGUUAACGUUAAAAAGAAAUAGAUGCUCUCGUCGUCUAAAAUUGUUGAUCUUACUUUUUCUCUUAUAGUUUCUUCAUGCUUUUAGAAAAAAAAAAAAAAAUGGUUCAUAAAACAAAUGGGUCUUUCGUUAUUUCUAGUCUAUCGCGUAACGCGUUGUAUGGGAAAAAAAAAAUAUAGGAAAAAAGAUGUUCUUCAUUACAGAUAUGGAUGGCUCUGCAAUUAUACAUCUUGCUACGCUAAUACAGCGCUUCAAAAGUUAUUGGGCCUAUUAUCAACAUUGUUUCUCUUACAGAUUGCGGAUCCAUUCGCAAUGGCAUAAUCCUGAUUAAUGCAUAUUCCAUUUAAAUUAGAAAUGUGUAAAUGACAUACCGCUGGCACUGCGUUGCUAUAGGUGUCGAGAUCAAAUGAACAAAUAAAACAAUACUUACAGUUAGAACUAUCGUAGCUCAGAUAAGAAAAUUGCGUUCCUAAGGGGACGAGCGGUGUAAUAAUUAGUCGCAUAAGAUGGCACAAGACAUACGACUGCUGAUCGUGUAAUAUCAUGCAGCACAUUGUUAGUAUAUAAUUUUUAAUAAAUUUCUGCCUAUACUUCUUUAAGUCCAUUUCAUAAAGUUAUUCUUGAAAUCUGCCGCAUUAAUGCCUGGAUGUAUUAUCGCCUAUAUCGUAGCUUUUGAAAACAUUUUCGAUUAAUCUUAAUUAAAAUAUUUCAAUAUCUUUUUUUAUCGAUACGAUAAAUUAACUCAAUAAUUCGAAACGAAAUGACUUUUAUUCGUAACGAAGUUAUCCGAAAUAAAUAUUAAAGAUAUUUAUUUUGUUUAAAUCAUUGAUCAGUAUUAUGAAAUGGAUAUAGAAGAAAGGGAGAAUUCUUCUAUUGUCAUUGAAAACGUUUCAGUUUUGCAAAUUUUAAUCUCGUACAUACUUUUAAAGAGAUCGUUAAAUAAUCUUUGAUCAUAUUCAGCGCUUAUUUCGAUUGCAAAUUCAAAUAUUUCUAUUAAUGAAAAUCUUUCAGAUAGUGCAAUCGUCCUUUCCUCUCUUUCCUCCGUGAAAUUAAUUGAAACAAGUAACACAAGAUAGACACGGUUUUUCGAUCAUUUCUUUAUUACCUUAGAUAACUUUCUUAAUGUAUAUAAAAAUUGAGUAAAAAAUUGUAUCGGCAAUGCGGCAAACAUCACGUAACUUUAUUCUCAGCCCUCAUCUUCUCCAACAAAUCAACACCCAAAAUAACCGUGACAAAAUCUUUGUAAGAUAUCCUCUGUAUCAUAAAAUAAUAAUACAUUAAUUUUCGAAAGCCUA